GCCCUCUCCCCUCAGGAGAGAGAUUUUUUUCUUUCUCAUCCCUUCUUUUCCCUUUACCCACUCAUAUGAUUCCCUUUCUUUCUCUCUUUUCUUUCUUUCUAUACUCCCCCUUAUAAUAUGCCUCUCUCUCUCUCUCUCUCUCCCCUUCUAUCUUUGACUUAACUUGUCUCUCUCUGCAUAGAUAGUAUCAUUUGCAUUCCCCUUCUCCUUAUGGGAUCUCUCUCUACAUAGAUAGUAUCAUUUGCAUUCCCCUUCUCCUUAUGGGAUUGUAAAGUAUUAGAAGCAGCGGCGGCAGAUUUAGUUUCUGGGUCCUUUGCCUCUUGAAUUCUUCAUGUCAUGCCAAACCAGACAAGUUAAGAUUCCUGUUGCUUAUCACGAGGUUCAUGGUUUCUUUUUUUCUUUUAUCUAUUUAUUUUUUUAUUUUAUGGUCGUUUUCAAAGCUGUUUAUCCUUUUAGCUUGUAUGCUUCAUGUGCUGUAGGAACUUUGAGAAACUCUGUAUGCUGUAGGCGAUCUUUUUUUUUCUUUUUCUUUACCCUUGUUGUUUGUUAGUCUAUUGGGAAGAUAUUUUAGCUAGUUUUUCCAGAUUGUGGAAAGAAGGUUGCUAGUGCAGGGGCAAAAAGAAAGAAAAAAGAAGAAAUCUUGAAUUAUGUUCUGGGUAAGCAAAGAACAUAGGUUCAUUUCCAAAAGUUUUUAUCUUUCAACCAAAACCUUUGAGAAUUUGAAUGGCCUGGCUAAAUAAAUCCUGUUGAGUCUUCGAUUGAAUUAGUAUGGCAGCAUUGCUGCACUGUGUAUAUAAUGGUACUUUUGUGGUGAUAUGAUAUUGGAGUUUGUAUAUUCUCUGUGUGGCUGUACCCGGGUUUUUCUUCACCAGCUCUCAUGCCUGUCUCAAUAUUUAGAUAUGAAACAUGUUUGAGUCGACAUCAGUGUAUCUGAACUUUGUUUCAUUGUCAAUGAUCAAGGAGUUGCCAGAAUUUCUGGAGACAUUUAUUGUUUAAAGUGAAACCAGAUCAUGGCUUUUGGCAGUUUAGCAGAUGUGCUAUAAUGCUAUCAGAACUCAGAAAUAAUUGAGCUGUAGAAAUUAUAUGCAUAAUUGUUGGUGGUCAUGUUACACGUAAGGUGCGGAGGGUAAAGGGAAGCAUAGUGAUAGCAGAUCUUGAGGAAGUGCAAGGAAGGGGAGGAGAUGAUUUCUAUUGUUAAGUAUUGAGAUUGAUCAUGCAUUGACAUUGAAUUGUUUGUAUAAAUAGCUUCUUCGGGCCUUUAUUUUAUGCUAAUGAUUGGUGUUAUAGAGUUUAUGCUAACUGUUUGAAUUAUAUGUUCUGUUUGGAAAAUAAUUUGCAUUAUUUGAAUGCUUACCUAAUAGUGAUAAUGCAUGGAAUAUUUGGGCAGACACCAUUUUCUUGACAAUGUCUUUCCUAGAUUGAUUGAUUUCCCAAGUAUUGCUAAUGCUGCCUAUUUCAUAACCGGCAACAAUUUUUUCAUAUGCUGUGCAAGGAUGGAGUAUCAACUAGAGGAAAAAUCCUCAUGGAAAUUAUGUCUUUAGGCAUGCAAGAUGUGAUGUAAAUUGAUGCAAUUGUUCAAUUCUGUGACGGAGAAAUGAUGAUGCAAGGAGAUUUUGAUCUGAAUCCAGUUCAAAUAUAUACAGAUUCACUUAAAGAAUUUUUGAAGCAGACAAUGCUUGAUCAGGAUGUUGUAUUUAGGAAUCAGGUCCAUGAACUCCAUCGGCUAUACAGAGUACAAGAAUCAUUAAUGAAGGAUUUUGGCUGGAAAGAGUGUAAUAGAUACAUUUCAUGGAAUCCAAAAGCUCAGUCAUCUCUCCUCACUCUUGCAAAUCCUACAAGAUAUGAACCAUUGGCAAAUGAAAAUAGAUACUCCUCAACUACCAAGGUGGAUGCUACACCUUUCAUAAGCCAAGAGUUGUUAAAGGAUUGCCAAGGUGCAUAUCAUAAGCUGCAGCACAGACCUCUUGAUCUUCGACUUUCUGCUGAUGAAUUCAUUAACCAUGUUGAGGAGGAUCUUCCAAAGAGAGGAAAUUUUCAUAAUUGUUUCGAUGGUCUUGGAGACUUUAAGCUUCCUCUUUCUGGCAGUAACUCUUCAGAUGCAGAGGAAUUGAAGCUUUCCCUUAACAUUGGAGGGAAUGAUAGAACAACUGAAGGCAAAAUGAGGACUUGUUUCAUGAAGAGAACUUAUUCCUACACUCAAAAUGUGAUUGAUUUGGAAGAAUCAAUUGAGAGGAUACCAGAUGGGUAUUCAAAAUGGCCACCUCCUCAUGGCUGUGUUAUUCUGGAAACUCAUUCUAAAGGCAAGCAUGAAUCACAAGGUUCUGCUUUUUCUGAUCCAAUCAUUUCAACCAGUGUGAAGAAAAAUCUCUCUCAUGAGAUUGCAGAAAUUAGCUCUAUUCAAGAACGUAGUGAAUGUUGUCAAGAGGAGACCUUUUCCAGCGCAGAUCUAGGAGGGCAGUUGGAUCUGAACAAAGUUCACUUGGAUGACUCAUCUUGUUGCUCAGAUGAUCAUAUGCUUGCCUAUCCUUCAACAAGCUCAGGAGGCAGUUCUGAUGGACUUACUGGCAGCACGCAGGAUGGAUCUUGUCCUAGCACAUUUCAGAAAAAUGAAGCCACUGAGUGCUUAAAUGAACCUUCUGACUUGCUUAAACAAGAUAAUGUUGUGAAUCUUGCUUUUGUGGAUUUCAACAGCAAAAACAAAAGCACAGAUGUUUGGACUAUAAAUAAUGAAAUAAUUAGUAGUUUAGAGAGCGAGAGCCUUGUUGGUCCAGAAUCCAUGCUUAGCCCUACAGUAGGCAUUUCUGAAGAACUUUGUUGCUGCAGUGGAGAUCACAAGAAUGACAGUGUCGUGCUGAGGCCAAAACUUGCUAGAGAAGUAAGUUGCGAGAAGAGUGAGGUAGAGAAUGCUAUUUUUUCAUGUACUGAUCAAAGUCAAAAUACAUUGAUAGAUGAAAAUGGCAACAAGUCUCCUGCUUCCUGCAAGUCCUACUGCAUCUCUGAUAAUGAUUCAAGCAGUGCAAAGACAAAGCAUUCUAGCAUUACAUCCCACUUAGGAUCUCAAGUUGCUGAUGUCUUAACAGGCAUGCAUGACCAAAGAACUUCUGACAGCAGUGAAUUAAAAAAUGGCUGCUGCAAGAAGAAAGAAGAAUCAGCUGAAGUAGAUGUUUUGAUCCAACAAGCAGCUGAAUUGCUUAUCCAUAUAUCCUCAGAGCAUUCAGCUUGUUGUCAGGAUUCUUCUACAGAAGUGGGAUCCAAGGAGAUGGAAGAUUGCAAGAGAGAGCGACCACAGUGUUCUCUUGAUUCUUUUGAGUUAAUUACUUUAAAUCUAGAAGAAAGCAACAUGGAUGACCAUUCUGUGUCAUCAAAGCCAUUUGAAGUAAAUGACUUGGAGCUGAAGGAUUUUGGGCUUAAGUUGAGGCGGGGAAGGAGAAUGAAAGAUUUCCAGAGGGAGAUACUACCCAGUCUUGCAUCUCUUUCCAGACAUGAAAUUCUUGAAGAUAUAAACAUUAUGGAGGGAGUUUUAAGAUCCAGAGAGUACCGUAAGUUCAGAGCCAAGAUGGCAACUCAAGGAGAGAACUGGUCUGCACCAGUGAGAAGUAGAAGGUCAAGGCUUAGUUAUGCCGGAAGAAGAAUUUUUUCAUGAAAGUUCAAUUAAUAGCAUUACAACUGAACAUAAAUACAUUAUGGUUCUGUAUACCAUCAUUGCAAAUAUUGUCUGGAGUCAUUUCCAAGCUUUAGAAAUUAGAAUCGAUUACUUUCAGAAA